AGUGGGCAACCCCCCGGGCGGUUCCAUGGAGACUCUGUGCCCCGCUCCCCGCCUCGCAGUGCCGGCGUCCCCGCGAGGGUCGCCCUGCUCCCCCACACCCCGGAAGCCGCGUCGGGGGACCCAGGAGUUCUCUCCGCUGUGCCUGCGUGCCCUUGCCUUCUGCGCCCUUGCCAAACCCCGGGCGUCCUCUCUGGGCCUGGGGCCUGGGGAGCUGGCGCCGCGGGCCCCGGUGCUGCUGGGCCCUCGCGCCCCCCUGUGCACCGGCGGCUGGGCCCCGGAUGGCCUGAAGCACCUCGCGGGACAGGCCGGGCGGUCCAGCGAUCCCAAUUCCCCGGCCCGCCAGGAUGCCGACGCCGCAGUGUGCCGGGGCCGCAGCGAGGAGGAAGAGGGCGGAGGCAGUUUCCCGCACUUCGGCGCUCGCUCCGGUUUACCUCCCGGCCGCUGCCCGGCGCCCCGGCGCCCUCGGGAAUCUCCGACCAGCUCCGCCUCAGCUCCGCCUAGGCCAGCCCCCGGUCUCGACUCCCAGCCUGGCUUCGCCGCCAGCCCGCAUCAGGAUCCUGGUUCCCGGCCUCCGCCGCCACCUGCGGGCCUCUCCUCUGAGCCGGCGGGGCCCCGGGCCGCGCCGGAGCCGCCCCUGCCGGGCCAAACGGCCGCAGUCGAUGGAAACCCCCCGAAGGCCGCCCCCGAGGCACCGGCCGCCAGCCCCUCGACGGCCAGCGGAGCUGCGGCCGCGCCCGGCGAUCUCCGCCAGGAACAUUUCGAUCGUCUGAUCCGCCGGUCGAAACUUUGGUGUUACGCGAAGGGCUUCGCCCUCGACACUCCGAGUUUGCGCCGGGGGCCCGAGCGGCCGCCAGCCAAAGGGCCCGCCCGGGGAGCCGCCAAGAAACGCCGGCGGCCGGCGCCCCCCCAGCGCAGCGCGCAGCCCCGUCGCCCUGCGCCGACGCUCCCCACCACGAGCACCUUCAGCCUCCUCGAUUGCUUCCCCUGUCCCCCGGCCUUGGUGGUGGGGGAGGACGGAGACUUAGGGCCCGCAUCCUCGCUUCGCCUCCAGGGAGACUCUAAACCCCCGCCUGCCCACCCAUUGUGGAGGUGGCAGAUCGGGGGUCCCGCUGUGCCUGAGCCCCCCGGCCUCAAAUUCUGGGGCAUCAACUUGGAGCAACUCUGAGCGUGAGACCUCUUCUGCCUGCCAAGGGGGAAAAGUGGGGGCCACAGCCAAACUGCGCGCUCAAGGCUAGAGCCUCGUUUCUCACCUUCGCCUGUCCCCUUUAGGUUUUAUGGGCUGUGGUCAGAGGGACCUCAGAUGACAGUGAUCUUCAAGCACCUAACUGGUCGAGGUGACACCCCCUCCCUCUCAUCCUUUGGAGAGGACCGAGAGAGAGCUGGAGUCAAGAGAAGGCUUAACCGAGGAAAAACGCUUAAUGACAUAGAUUCCAACCCCUCCUCUCUUCCAUCUCCGAUCUCUGGGGGCAGGGCCUUCACCCCAGGGGGAGCCGUGGAGGCUACCGCUCAAAGCCGAGGGGGGAAGAAAAGAGGGAGAGAGACCUUGGUGAUGGACAAACCGGUUGUUUCUGUGGGCGAGCAGGGGCUGGGGGUGGGGGGGCUGGGGUGGGGGUGGGGAGGUGAUUGGCAGCUCCCUGGGGGCAUCCCCCACCCCCACCAGCCGGGCCUUUAACCCUUCACUCCCCACAGGCCUUCCCUAGCUUCUGAGCACCACUGCAGCCUUCGUGGGGGAGGGAGCAACUUAGACAAGGGGGAGAUCACCCCUUUCCUGUUCUUUGCCGAGCGCCCCCCCCCACAUCAAGUGACCCCGAGGUGCAGAGAUCUUCAUUCUCAGCCACCAGCCUCUCUCCCCUUUGUCCAGUUUUGGAGUUUCCCCCUUCCAUUUUCCCUGUGUGCUUUCAGGGUAUAAGGUCUGAUGGGUAAAAGUGGACUCGCCACCCCUAGACACAGCCCCCUCCCCCCGCUGUCUCCUCAGGGGAGGAGGGGCAGGAGGGGCAGGGCCGAGGGGCCACCUCCCCUUCAGAAAUGCAGACGCCUGGGGAGGGAGCUGGAGAAGACCAUCCCAGGGAAAGCAAUGGAAGGUGGAAGAAAUCAAUAAAAUCAGACCAAACAA